CCAAAGGCAACAGCCACCCUUUAUAGAACCUGGCAGCUUCCUAGCAAAUGGCUGCAGGUGCAUCGCUAUAAGUACAGAACCUGUUCAACUUUGAACAAUCUUUGGCUCUGAAAAUUGGGAUGAGCUUAAUUAUGCAGUCUUCAAGAAUCAGAAACCCUGCUCCUUUUCUAUCAAAGACUUAUGAUCUGUUACAAGAAGCUGGAAGCUUCCAUUUUAAAGCAGCUGAUGAAGAAGAUGAAGAAGAUGAAGAAGAUGAAGAAAAUGGCGGCGGCAACAGGAUUGUGUCCUGGAAUGCAGACGGAAGUGGGUUCAUAGUUUGGUCUCCUGCUGAUUUCUCUGAGGUUUUAUUGCCUAAAUACUUUAAGCAUAAUAACUUCUCUAGCUUCAUUCGCCAGCUUAAUACUUAUGGGUUCAAGAAGACGUCGCCAAAGAGGUGGGAGUUCAAGCACGAGAAAUUUCAGAGGGGAAACAGGCGCAUGCUGGUGGAGAUUGUACGUAAGAAAUGUGAGCCGAGUGUGUUUCCCGCCUAUCUAAGAUCUUCUCAUGAAGGAGCUGCAACAAUGGCUGUUGAUCAGGAGAAUGGAGACCAUCUGUUACUAAUGGAGGAGAACAAGAACCUAAGAAGACAGAAGCUGGAAUUGCAGGCUCAAAUAGCUCAAUUCAAAGCACUUCAUAUUAGAUUACUCGACUGUGUAGGUCGACGCAUUGAAAAAUAGCCUAAGGAGUUUUGAUAAUUAGAAAGAUGGGUUGGUUGUGAAAGUUUCAGAAAGAUAGUAAUGCAUUUGAAUAAAUGGAAAUUGGAAUAGAUGAACAUGAUUAAUUUUGAAGAAA